UGAACUUAGUUACUUUUGGGCAAGAUGCUUCCACGUACGUUGCUGCCGAUUAUUGGAAGACUAUGGCUAAUAGUUUUAUUAGCAACUCACUGCAUUGGCAAGCGAAAGUGGGAUUACGAGCCAUUGUCUAUUGAAACCUACAGUACGGAUGAAAACCUGCUAAAGAUAUCAGCAAAAGUGGAUCGAGUCGGUCGGGGAGAAUACGCCAUUUCGGCCGAAAUCGAAUUUAAGUACGAACCGGAUGAGAAUACCAUGGUUGAGGCAGUGGCCUAUCGCAGCAGCUCCGGAGAGGAAAGCGACUAUAAGAUUAUUCCUUUAAGCAUCCCAAAACAAAACUUUUUCGAAUUUAUGAACAACAACUAUAAGGACGUGGUGAUCCCCAACCUGGGCGGAUGCUCUAAUCUGGUCAAGUUUGAGGACAAAUUCGAGCCCCCUUGGCCCAAAAACACUUAUAAACUGGACAAGUGCGUGGCCGACAGCGAUGGCUUUCCGGACAUGGUUCCCGAGGGUUAUUACAAGGUCAACUUUACCUUGUCGAAUCCCGUGAACUGGGGGUUCGUUCUCAUCGUGAAGAUCUCGACUAAAUUUAUGUAAUUUCUACGAUGCAUUUGAUUAAUCAUAUAUCUAUUCAAAAAAUAUAUUAUCUAUAUGAACAAUCAAAUAUUGUAAUAUCAAAUAUAUAUUAUCUAUCUGUAGAGUGUAGAUAGUUAGAUUUCGUUUUCAAUAAA